AUGGGGCUGCUGGUGCUGGCCCUGGCCACCUGGCUGGGGCUGGCCUCGGCAUCUGAGGGGGCGGCCAACAGCAGCCGGCUCUGCCAGGAGCCACCGGAAUGGAGUGUCAACGGCUUGAGCCCCAUGCUGGGGGCAGCGGGGCAGGUGACAGUGGUGGCCCUGCUGAAGGCCAGCUGACACUUCUGCCUGCAGCAGCCAGAGGAGCCCGACGUCUGGCAGGUCCUGGGAGGCGACAAGGACGACUUCCUCAUCUACGACAGGUGUGGCCGCCUGGCUUUCCACAUCCAGCUGCCCUACAGCUUCCUCCACUUCCCCUACGUGGAGUCAGCCAUCCGCUUCACCCACAACAAGGACUUCUGCGGCAACUGCUCCCUCUAUGCCAACACCACCUGGGAGGCUAACAGUACCGUGGAGGCCCCUGUAGCCCCAAGCCCGCUUCCCGAACAAGAGGGGAAGGAGUCAGAGACCCCCACUCCCCAGCACAACCCGCUCCAUCCUCAUCACCACCAUGUGGCCAGCAGCGAGAGAGACACAGACCCGAGUGGGGACCACAGAUCUGCAGGCCAUGCUCACCACCACCACGGAAACCACGGCCAGCCCCAUCCCAAGGGGCAGAAGCAGGUGGGAAAUGAGCACUAG